AUGUCGCUGACAAACCUUUCCCUGACCUCUUCAAGGUCAAAACUGACAUUAGGACACUCCCACAAUUUGUCUAUCAAUUCAGCAUCAUCAAUCACAGAACCCACCACUCCUCCUUCCGUGGGAUCCACACCUAAGCUGUACUUCUGGGAUUCUAAUAAAUCAAACGGUAACUUGAUCUUGCCUUCCUUCAACUUGGAGUCAAUACCCACUUACAAUAAUUUGCAUUCUCGCAAGAUCUCGGUGGAAUCUUCUGGGUCGGAUAAGGAAAAUAGGCCUGUUUUUGGGUAUCAACAAAGCAGACGUGAGGGAGGCAAAAUUGACAGAGAGUACUUGAUAUCGAUCCUCAAAACACCCCUUUCGGAACUCAGUGGCGAGAUUUUGCGCUUGGCCAAAGAUCAGCACGGGUGCCGAUUUCUCCAAAAGCGUUUAGACGAAAGCUAUGUACCAGAUGUGCCGUCUCGAAAAGCCAACUAUGAAAUCAUUUUCGAACAAGUCAAGAUGUCGUUAUAUGAACUCAUCAUCGACCCUUUCGGAAACUACUUGGUUCAAAAAUUGAUCGACUACGUUCAAACUCCAGAUCUUGAUUUCUGUCUCGAAGCACUUAACAGCAACAUGUUCCUGAUUUCGAUAAAUCAGCACGGUACUCGCGCGUUCCAAAAAAUUAUUGACAAAAUCAAUACCGAGACACAAUUCAAUAUGCUCGUGAGGGGAUUGAAGCCAUACAUCAUAGAAUUGAUUAAGGACCUCAAUGGAAAUCAUGUUAUUCAAAAAGUUCUUAACAAAUACAGACCCGAAAAGUGUCAAUUCAUAUACGAUUCCAUCCUAGCAGACUUGUUGACUGUCGCUACUCAUAAGCAUGGGUGUUGCGUUUUGCAGAAGUGUUUGAACCAUGUGACCGCUGCUCAACACAUGGCUUUUGCAGAAAUAAUUUUGAAUUAUGACAAUUUUUCUGAUCUAGUCAAUGAUCAAUUUGGAAACUACGUCUUGCAGUAUCUCAUUUCAAUCGAUUCAAUCGAUGUAAAUUUCAAGCUCUACCAGAACAUAUAUGAGUACGGUUUGACUGACUUAUGUGUUCUCAAAUUCUCAUCUAACGUCAUCGAGAAAUUAAUGAUGAAUUGUUUCAAAAAUGAAACCAAGCUGAUUGCAUUUUCGAAUUUGAAAUUCACCAUUAUUGGGCAUUUAUUGAAUGGUGACUUGAACAAACUCAUUAAUAAUGCUUACGGAAAUUAUGUUGUGCAAACGUUGACGGAUAUUUUGAUCAAUACAAAGGCACAGUACUUCAUUGAAUUACCAAGAGGAGGACAAAAUAUAUUACCUUCCUUGAGAAAAUUGCUUGACAAUGAUUUUCAGUCUUCGCCAGAUACUUUACAAGUCCAAAUUGUCAAGAAAUGGUUUCAAGAUUGCAAAAUUGACUCCACGUUUGGCAAGAAAAUACAGUCAAAAAUUAAUACCAUUUUGAGCGGAAGCGUGAGAACAUAUCAUAGAAAGUCACAUGAUGCUUCUUCAUCUUCU